AGUGAGUAAUCAAAGUAAGAGUAAUGCCAUGGACUAAUGACAGCACCUUCUCUGGGUUCAUUCUGGUAGGUUUUUCUGACCGACCUCAGUUGGAGCUGGUUCUCUUUGGGGUAAUCAUGUCCCUUUACCUCAUGACACUCCUCGGCAAUGCUGCCAUCAUCCUAGUAUCCCUCUUGGACUCUAAACUCCACAAUCCCAUGUACUUUUUCCUCUCCCAUCUCUCAUUACUGGACCUUUGCUUCACCAGCAGUAUUAUUCCUCAGCUUCUAGUCAACCUGGGGGGUCCAGAUAAGUCUAUCAUGUAUGGAGGCUGUGUGGUUCAGCUCUAUGUCUCCCUUGCCCUGGGAUCCACAGAGUGUGUCCUUUUGGCUGUGAUGUCCUACGAUCGCUAUGUCGCAGUCUGUCGUCCUCUGCAUUACGCCUUUGUCAUGCACCCUCGGCUCUGUCACAUCCUGGCAUCUAUGGCGUGGCUCAGUGGUCUGGCAACCACCCUCAUACAGUCCACUCUCACCCUGCAGCUGCCCUUCUGUGGGCAUCGCCAUGUGGAUCAUUUCUUCUGUGAGGUUCCUGUGCUCAUCAAGUUGGCUUGUGUGGACACCACCUUCAACCAGGCAGAGCUCUUUGUGGCUAGCGUCUUAUUCCUGGUGGUGCCCUUGUCACUCAUCCUGAUAUCCUACAGGCACAUCACCCAAGCAGUUCUAAAGAUAAAGUCAGCCAUUGGACGACGUAAAGCAUUUGGAACCUGCUCCUCCCACCUGACGGUUGUGAUCGUCUUCUAUGGAACCAUUAUCUUCAUGUAUCUGCAGCCAGUCAAGAGGAGAUCCAAGGACCAGGGUAAGUCUGUGUCCCUCUUCUACACUGUGGUGACCCCCAUACUUAACCCCCUUAUCUAUACUCUGAGAAAUAAGGAAGUGAAGGCAGCACUGAAAAAAAUUCUGAGGAGGGGGAGGGUAUAGCUCAGUGGUAAAGUGCAUGCCUAGCAUGCCCGAGGUCCUGGGUUCAAUCCCCAGUACCUCUAUUAAACAAACACACAAAUAAAUAAGCCUAAUUACUUCCCUCCCUCCGAAAUAUUUUAAAAAAGGAAAAAAAAUUCUGAGGAUAACUUUAUGAUUCAGUGGGACAUGAUUAUUAAAAGACAUUUAGAAGAGAGUUAUUUAGACUGAUUAAUGGAUAAUGACUCAGUAAAUGAUUUGCUCAUGUUCAUAAUUUUAUAAGUGAGUUUUAGUAGAAAAAAUUGUAAACAGAGUUUGAAUUUUCCAGUUGGACGGACCUGAGUUUGA